GUUCACCAAAAAAAAACCCUAGUCCUUAAUAGCCGUUAUUGAUGGCCCUGAAGACCGAACCCUUCCACCGUCUGGCUGCUUAUUGCCAUUUUUGCCUCCAUUACCAGAAUUCUCUCUGCAAAACUAACAAUGAUUUCUCUUCCUUCUCUCCAUCAAUCUCUUUCAAAACCCUCUGUUUUCCUUCUUUCUUCUCCCUCCCCACUUUUCCUCCAAUCUCUCUUUUUGCUCCCAACAUCAACAAAACCCAUUUCCAUCCAUUCCUCCAAACCACUUCCCAUCAAGUGUUGUUACUCCUCCACCACCACCUCCGCUGAACCCGCCCAAGAACAUGUCCGACCCGUUUCUACCCUCAAGAUAGCUAUUAUAGGCUUUGGCAACUACGGCCAAUUCCUAGCUAAAACUCUCGUCUCUCAAGGCCACAAAGUUUUAGCCUACUCGAGAUCCGACUAUUCCCAUGUCGCUAAAAGUUUGGGAGUUUCCUUCUUUAUAAACCCCCACGACUUAUGUGAACAACACCCACACGUUAUCCUCCUUUGUACUUCAAUUAUCUCGACCGAACAAGUGUUGAGAUCUCUUCCUUUACAAAGACUGAAACGGUCCACAUUAUUUGUCGACGUUUUAUCCGUCAAAGAGUUCGCCAAGAAUCUCCUCCUUGAUUUCUUGCCCUCUGAUUUCGACAUCAUUUGUUCCCAUCCCAUGUUCGGACCACAAAGCGCCAAACAAAGCUGGAAAGACCUCUUCUUUGUCUACGAAAAGGUUAGAAUCGGAAACGAAUCUUCCAGGGUUCAAAGAUGUGAAGAUUUUCUGGGAAUAUUUGAAAGUGAAGGUUGUAAAAUGGUGGAAAUGAGCUGUCAAGAGCACGACAAGUUUGCAGCGGGGUCACAGUUUAUGACACACACGGUUGGGAGGGUGUUGGACAUGUUGGGUUUGGAGUCAACGCCAAUUAAUACAAAGGGUUAUGAGGCUUUGUUAGAAUUGGUUGAGAAUACUUGUAGGGAUAGCUUUGAUUUGUAUUAUGGCUUGUUUCUGUAUAAUAAGAGUGCUUUGGAGAUGGUUGAGAGGUUGGAUUUGGCUUUUGAUGCUUUGAGGAAUGAGCUUUUUGGGAGGUUGCAUCAUGUUGUGAGGAAACAGUUGUUCGAGAACGGAGAGAAGGGAAAGAGUCUGGAAGGAAUUAGAUACGAAAAUGGUGCUGCUUUGGCUUCAAGCUCAAAUCCUUUGAGAUCUCAAGAUGCUAUUCUACCAUAUGAAUUUAAAGGAAAGAUAUCUGAAAGUGUUGAUGAUAGUUCAAAACUCAAGAUUGCAAUUGUUGGAUUUGGAAACUUCGGUCAGUUCCUUGCCAAAACCCUGGCUUGUCAGGGCCACUCAGUUUUAGCUUAUUCAAGAACUGAUUAUAGAGAUGCAGCUCAGAAAUUGGGGGUUUCUUUCUUCUCUGACGCUAAUGACCUUUGUGAAGAACAUCCCGAAGUUAUUCUUCUGUGUACCUCGAUUCUUUCGACUGAAAAAGUUCUCAAGUCAUUGCCACUUCAGAGAUUGAAGAGAAGUACUCUGUUUGUUGAUGUGCUGUCUGUGAAAGAGUUCCCAAGGAAUUUGUUUCUUCAACAUUUACCAUCGGAUUUUGAUAUUCUAUGCACGCAUCCCAUGUUUGGACCAGAAAGUGGUAAAAAUGGUUGGAAUUCUCUUCCUUUUCUUUUUGAUAAGGUGAGGGUUGGAAGUGAUGAAAGAAGAGUAGCUCGGUGUAAUAAGUUCCUUGAUAUUUUUGCACGAGAAGGAUGCCGAAUGGUGGAGAUGAGUUGUGCAGAACACGAUCGGCAUGCGGCAGGGUCACAGUUCAUUACCCACACCAUGGGCAGGGUUUUGGAGAAGUUAGAAUUGGAUUCUACGCCAAUUAACACAAAAGGGUAUGAUACUUUGUUGAAGUUGGUGGAGAAUACAGCUGGAGACAGCUUUGAACUUUAUUAUGGGCUGUUCAUGUACAAUGUGAAUGCAAUGGAACAGCUAGAGAGAAUGGAUUUUGCCUUUGAGUCAUUGAAGAAGCAGCUCUUUGGUAGAUUGCAUGGUGUCCUUCGGAAGCAACUGUUUGGAAAUUCAGAGAACUUUGAAGUUUUGAGGGAGAAAUCUGUUGAGGGAAAUGGUGCUGCACUUUCAUCUUCUCCAGAGAGUGUUAAAAUCAGUUAGCCCUAUAUUCUCGUCUUACAUGAUUUCACAUUUUUUUGUUUACAUCAUGGUGACUGGGUCUCCCAUGGCUCACUGGAAUCAGCAGUGAAGAAGACCUUAUUGGUGGUGUGCCAACCUCGUGCUUAUCGUCAUAGCUGCAAAAGUAAAUUCUUUUUGUAAGUUUUUUACAUACCGUGGGAACCAAAUGAUGCCAAGCUGAAGUUCAAUUUCUGAAUAAAUUAUAUGGAAAGUGUAGACGGUAGACUAACAAAGAGCAAUCAGCACUGAGAUGGGCACGGGUCCUAGUCAUAAGAAAGAAAAUGUUGAUGAUCUGAUUUCAGCUGAGUUAUGGCCCUGGAAAUGUGAUGCUUCACUCCAAGUUUUGUCAAAUUUAUUUAAUUACCAUAUCCUGAGUUGUUCCUACGGUUUUCUUAUAUCAUGCCAUGUUGGAGGAUGUUGUAAUAUUUUUUGUUCAUUUAUUCUUUGGAAGAGGGAAGGGCGAUUGUUGUGUCAUUUAUUUUCUGUAGCAAUUGUGGUACUCCAUUUUGUUGAUGGGAGGAGCCCCACCGAAUAAUUGUCCCCAUCUCAUUGUGGUGAUUAUCAUGAAUAAAAGAAAAUGCAUUGAUUCAUUAUUAGUACUUUAA